AGGGACGGAUCCUGUUACACAAGGUCACGAACGCCUCAGGAGUAAACAAGCGCACGUGGCCGGCUGAGUCUGUCACUGCCUAUCCCGGUGUCAUUUCUUUUUUUCCUCGUGUACACUUCUACCAUGUCACGACAGCUGGUGGCUUGCAUGCUCAACGUGUCUGAAGGGCGGAACCUUGCCCUAGUGGAGAGAAUAGCCCAGUCCGCCCUGCGCGCCGUCAAUCCUCCUGCGAAGAAGACAGCGGUGGAGGGAUGGAAAAUCAACGCCGCGGUGCUCAAUAUAUUCCAGGACUUCGACUACAACCGCUCCGUCAUUACCAUUGUGGCGGGCCAGGACAGUAUUGGCGCCAGUGUGGAGGCAGCAUGCAAGACAGCCUAUGAACUGAUAGACCUGAGUGAGCAGGAAGGAGUGCACCCCAGACUAGGAGCCGUGGACCUGGUACCUCUGCACCCUAUCUCGGAGAACAUGUCCCUGCAGACCCUGGGAGCCGUGGCCAAGGAUCUUGGCCGCAGCAUCACCUCCUCUGUCCCUGGUACCUCUGUGUUCCUCUUCGGCGCGGCAGACAGCGAGGGGCGAGGUCUGGUGGCGCGGCGCAAGGAGGUGGGCUGGUUCAAGACGCCUGUUCGCUACUCCUCCCUCACGCACGAUCUGGGCCACGUUCCCUCACCGCGUUAUGGCCUCACAGGAGUGGGCGCCAUCCCCUACAUGAUGAACGUGAAUGUCACUCUGGACACUCAAGACGUGGCUCUCGGCAGGCGGGUGGCGGCAGCUAUCAGGGCCACCUCCCCUAAGGGCCUCCCUGGUGUGCAGUCCAUGGCGUUCCCACACGAAGGAAGGGUUGAGGUGGCCUGUAAUGUGGAUCUGCUUCCCUCCCACCUGCGCUCACCUGAUUGGGAGGUGCGCGAGUCCCUGGGCGGCCAGUACGUGUUCACGCCCUCAGACGUGCUCACCAGACGGGUCCUGCAGGAGAGUGGGGGCGUGGGCACUGUGGGGACAACUUUGGUGGGGUUCACGCCGGAGGAGGCCCGCGCCCUGGCCAGCCUCGCCCUGACACGGGGGGAGGGGGAGGCGUGGAGGAAGGCCAAGGAUAGAAGGAUGUAGACAGUGAGGUUUCCUUCGACUGUCGUUCAGGUUCGGUGUCUCGUGAAGCAAGGACUGUUCACUCGUACCCUGCUCAACUCCGUGACCCCAAGAUAGUAGACGAAAGAGAGAGAGUGGUGGCGACGGCGGCGGCGUUCCUUUAUUUCUCCGCGCUCCCCGGCCCCUGGUGGUGGUGACUGGCUGUGGUGUUGGAGUGCUGCAGGAUGGUGCAAGGCAGGCCAGACAGCGUAAUGUUUUCAUCACCACAAUGUUCUUUCUCUGAUGAAGGUUGAGUCAAGAUUGGAAAGGUCAAGGACUUUGCCAGUCAACACUCGUGUCCCGGUGCCACUGGAUCAUCCAUACACCUCACCCCUCUGGGGUGCACCUGUGACUCCCUCCAGAAAUAAUAUCAGACUAACAACAGCAGACACGUUCACCUCAACACUGGAUGGCAACGCACCAGGACAAUGUUUUCACACGCGAGUCUCCCGGAAACCAGUGACACUUGGGAGAACUGUUCGCCCACUGCUUCACAGUAAUGUCUUGUGUAAUUUCAUUUACAUUAGACAAAAAACUUUCUUCAGCAGCAUGCAACAUGACAAUGUUAUUGAGGGUCUUGGAUGAUACACCACUUGUUUGUCUGCCUCUUACAUAGAAUACCCUUCACACCAACACACACACACACAUGCAUGCCAAGGACUGAGGAGAUAGUGUUCUUUUCUAAAUUUUAAAAAUUUUGUGUGUUCUCCAUCAGAUAAAUGUUCAACAUAACAUUGCUUUCUGCAAACAAUGUUUAGUCAAACUUUUUACACAGAAGAUUAAUCAAGUAACCCGUACAGUGUUUAGUACAUAUAUAUAUAUAUAUAUAUAUAUAUAUAUAUAUAUAUA